AUGAAUCCCUCAUCGCCCCAGCCCGACAGCCCUGUGGACAGCGCAAAUAUCCUCGAGGGCUCAACGGCCCCCACAACGCCAGAAGGGAGCUACAUGUCCAGUCCGCUAUUGCAGCCACGAGGUCUCGAGGUACUGGAUACGGACAUCACGCAGACACGGCCCGUCCGCAACAUCUGCUGCGUUGGCGCGGGAUAUGUCGGCGGCCCUACGGCAGCCGUGGUCGCCCUCAACAACCCCGGGAUCCGUGUGACGGUUGUUGACCUUAACGAGCCGCGCAUUCGACGCUGGAAUAGUCGACACCCCCCGAUAUACGAGCCUGGCCUCGAGGAGAUCGUGCGGGUUGCCCGAGAUGGAACGCAGGAAACGGUCAUUGUCAACGCCCGCGGCCCAGUCUCACGUAAAGAUGAAGUGCAAGUCCUUCCCGAAGCAUCAGGGGCCAUCGACGAGAUAGUCGUGCCUGGCAGGCGGCCCAAUCUGUUCUUUAGCACCCAGGUGGGCCGGUGUAUCUCCGAGGCGGAUGUGGUCAUGAUCUCUGUUAACACGCCAACCAAAACUCGCGGCGCGGGCAAAGGACGUGCGACGGACAUGACGGCGUUUGAGGCGGUCACGGCCGAGAUUGCACAGCACGCGAGGCCUGGUGCGAUCAUCGUCGAGAAGAGCACCGUGCCGUGUCGGACAGCGCAGAUGGUCAAAGAGACGAUGGCGGUCCACCGCCCCGGCGUUCACUUCGAGAUCCUGUCAAACCCCGAGUUCCUGGCAGCCGGCACAGCUGUCCAUGACCUCCUCUACCCUGACCGUGUUCUGAUCGGCUCGUCGCCCACCCGCGCAGGCCGCAAGGCGGCGUCAGCGCUCGCUGCGGUGUAUGCGUCUUGGGUGCCACGGCGACGCAUCAUGACGACCAACGUGUGGUCGUCGGAGCUCGCCAAGCUGGUUGCCAACUCGAUGCUCGCCCAGCGCAUAUCGUCAAUCAACUCGAUAGCGGCCGUAUGUGAGCAGACGGGGGCGGACGUGGACGAGGUCGCGGGGGCGAUCGGCGCUGACCCGCGCAUCGGGGACAAGUUCCUCAAGGCGGGCAUCGGGUUCGGGGGGUCGUGCUUCAAGAAGGACGUGCUGUCGCUCGUGUACCUCGCACAGAGCCUUGGGCUGGACCAGGUGGCAGAAUACUGGAGCCAGGUCAACGCAAUGAACGAGUACAGCCGGGACCGGUUUGCAGGGCGGGUGGUGCGCUGCCUCAACAACACGCUCGCGGGGAAGAAGGUUGUUGUCCUGGGCUACGCCUUCAAGAAGAACACCAACGACACGCGCGAGUCGCCCGCACUCGAGAUCAUCCGGGCAUUGCUCGAGGAAGGGCCGCGCGAGGUUGCCGUGUUCGACCCGUGCUGCAACCCGACCACCGUGCGCGGCGAGAUCAAGCACCUGCUCGGCGGCAGCAUGGACGCCGACAUGGUCUUGCAGGAGGACGGCGGGCCAUUGGCGGUGUACGACAGCGUCUACGAGGCGUGCGCGGCUGCCGAUGCCGUCUUGAUCACCACCGACUUUGACGAGUUCAGAAACGGGGCCGGCGGGCCCGUGCAGGCCGCCGUCGUCACCACGGGGGGGCUGCCGGCCCCUAACCCUGGGGUCACCACAGACCCGACCGAGCUGGAGCUCCUGGCCCUGGGCAGACACCCGCUGCAGAGGCUCUGCGCUGAGCCAGCCUGUGGCACCGACUGCCCGGACUGUGAGGCGGAAGGCAACAGCCACGCCCCCGGUCAGGGAUAUACUCCCAGGCAGAGGGUGGACUGGGCCAAGAUCAGCUACUACAUGAAGACGCCUAGAUGGGUGUUCGACGGUAGAGGAGUGCUAGAUGUCAAGGAAAUGGAGAGGCUUGGGUUCAGAGUCACGAGGGUCGGGAGGUGA